CGGAACCUUCCCGCACACACAGCCGGGCCUUGCCGGGGCCUUCCGGCGGGAGUGGGAGUCGUGCGCGGGAUGGAGACGAUCCUGGAGCAGCAGCGGCGGUACCAUGAGGAGCGGGAGCGGCUCAUGGACGUGAUGGUGAAGGAGAUGCUCACCAAGAAGUCCACGCUCCGCGAUCAGAUCAACUCGGACCAUCGCACCCGGGCCAUGCAGGACAGGUACAUGGAGGUGAGCGGCAACCUGCGCGACCUGUACGACGACAAGGACGGCCUACGUAAGGAAGAGCUAAGUGCCAUUUCCGGACCAAAUGAAUUUGCGGAGUUUUACAACAGACUGAAGCAAAUUAAGGAAUUUCACCGGAAGCACCCAAAUGAGAUCUGUGUUCCUAUGUCAGUGGAGUUUGAGGAGCUGCUGAAGGCCAGAGACAACCCGAGUGAAGAAGCUCAGAAUCUGGUGGAGUUCACAGAUGAGGAAGGGUAUGGACGAUACUUGGAUUUGCAUGAUUGUUACCUCAAAUACAUUAACCUGAAAUCAUCAGAGAAAUUGGAUUAUAUCACUUACUUAUCCACAUUUGACCAACUCUUCGAUAUUCCCAAGGAGAGAAAAAAUGCUGAAUAUAAGAGGUAUCUUGAAAUGCUCCUUGAGUACCUGCAGGAUUACACAGAUCGUGUGAAACCAUUACUGGACCAGAAUGAACUUUUCGGGAAAAUUCAGACGGAGUUUGAGAAGAAGUGGGAGAACGGCACAUUCCCGGGCUGGCCGAAAGAGACCAGCAGUGCCCUCACCCAUGCUGGUGCCCACCUGGACCUCUCGGCCUUCUCUUCCUGGGAGGAAUUGGCCUCCCUGGGGCUGGACAGGUUAAAAUCAGCUUUGCUGGCUCUGGGGCUGAAGUGUGGCGGGACUCUGGAGGAGCGUGCUCAGAGGCUUUUUAGCACUAAAGGCAAAUCCCUGGAAGCUCUUGAUCCUUCCUUGUUUGCCAAGAAUCCAAAGACAAAAGGAAGCAAAAGAGACACUGAGAGAAAUAAAGAUCUUGCAUUCCUGGAAGCUCAGAUAUAUGAGUACGUGGAAGUUCUUGGGGAACAAAGACACCUCACCCACGAGAACGUGCAGCGUAAGCAGGCACGGACAGGGGAGGAGAGAGAGGAGGAGGAGGAAGAGCAGAUCAGUGAGAGCGAGAGUGAAGAUGAAGAAAAUGAAAUCAUUUAUAACCCUAAAAAUCUGCCUCUUGGUUGGGAUGGGAAGCCCAUCCCUUACUGGUUGUACAAACUCCAUGGUUUGAACAUCAACUACAACUGUGAGAUUUGUGGUAACUACACCUACCGAGGGCCCAAGGCGUUCCAGCGGCACUUUGCAGAGUGGAGACAUGCCCACGGAAUGCGGUGCCUGGGCAUUCCCAACACAGCACACUUUGCCAAUGUCACACAGAUUGAGGAUGCAGUCUCGUUGUGGGCAAAGCUGAAGCAGCAGAAGGCUUCAGAGAGGUGGCAGCCUGAUACAGAGGAGGAAUAUGAGGAUUCCAGUGGGAACGUGGUGAAUAAAAAGACCUACGAAGACCUGAAGCGCCAAGGGCUGCUGUAGCUGUCCCCAGAUGAAGGACCUCACAAUUGCAGAGAGUGGAUCUGGCAGCAGCUCUAACUUCUUCAUUGUCUGGAUUUUGUAUGUGCAUGGAUAUAGAUUUCAAGAAUACUUUAUAGAGUCACUUUCUAGUAAGCCCCUUAGACUUGUGACAUUGUUUUAUAUUAAAAAAUACAUUGAAAAAUAAAGUCGUUGUAAUUUAGGAA